UCAAUGGAAACGGUGCUGUUCUGAACGACCUGUUCAAAAAGGGGGAAGGCGUGGUUGCGUGGGUUUUGUGUUGGAGGAACGCUGUGCCGCAGUCAUUUACAGUAAAUUGCUUCAAUACACACCCACCAAACGUACCUCAAAGUAUGUUCAAGAUUGUUUUAGGGAAACGUGUCGUUCAGUACAAACCGUUAAACAACGUAAACGUUCAAUCGAACUGAACGCACCCCUGAGUAUCCUGGGAUGACUGUUUCCGCCUCUAGCCAGCUGUCCGAAUGAAUGAGGCGGAGGAUCUCCAUCAUUGCUUCUCAGUGAUAUAACAGCAAGGAUAUUCAUUUCACUAACAGUAUCUUUAGAUAUCACAAUGCAGACCCUCACACCCCACGUGUAUUGGGCACAGCGGCAUGGAGACAUCUACCUGCGUGUGGAGCUGAGUGACGCUAAGAAUCUUGAUAUCUGCGUGCAAAACAACACCCUGCAAUUCAAAGCUCAGGGUCAUGGAGCUAAAGGAGACAAUGACUAUGAGUUCAGUCUGGACUUCCUGGAACCAGUAAAACCUGAGGUUAGUCACAGGUCGACCCAGCGCCUGGUAAAUGUGACAGUGAGGAAGCAAGAGCAGCGUUGGUGGGAUAGACUCACUCUGCAGGAGAGGAAACCUCUCUUCCUGACGCCAGACUUCGACCGUUGGCUCGACGAAUCAGACGCGGAGAUGGAGCUUCAGGCUAAGGAAGAGGAGAAGAUAAACAAGGUCAGCAUCGAGUCAAGAAUCCAUAAAGACCCCUACCUGGGUCUAAAGAAGGGCUAUCUGUUCAUGUACAACCUGGUCCAGUUCCUGGGAUUCUCCUGGAUCUUUGUCAACAUGACCGUCCGUCUCUUCAUCCUGGGACAAGACUCGUUCUAUGACACGUUCCACACCAUUGCUGACAUGAUGUACUUCUGUCAGAUGUUGGCCGUAGCAGAGGUCAUGAACCCUCUAGUGGGUCUGGUCAAGACAGGGGUGUUCCCAGCUAUGAUCCAGGUGGUGGGUAGGAACGUAAUCCUGUUUGUGAUCUUCGGUAGUCUGGAGGAGAUGCAGAACAAAGCAGUGGUCUUCUUCGUCUUCUACCUCUGGAGCACCAUAGAGAUCUUCAGGUAUCCAUUCUACAUGCUGGCCUGCAUCGACACAGACUGGAAGCUGCUGACCUGGCUCAGAUACUCCAUCUGGAUGCCCCUCUACCCUCUGGGGGUGCUGGCAGAGGCUGUAGCUGUGAUCCAGUCCCUGCCUAUCUUCGAUGAGACCCGUCUGUACAGCGUCCCUCUACCUACGGUCCUGGGCUCGUCCGUCAGCUUUUCCUUCACUCUGAAGAUCUACCUGGUCCUCAUGUUCCUCGGCCUGUUCAUCAACUUCCGCCACCUGUUUCGCCAGAGGAGGAGACGAAUGCGCUCCAGGAAGAGGAAAAUGAACUAACGGAUAGAAAGACAAACUUCACGAUCUCUCCAGUCUCACUGCUGGUUGCCUUUUCACCUCUCUCCUCACACCUCUCCUCUGUCCUCUCUCCCCUCUCCUCUGUCCUGUCUCUCCUCACCUCUCCUCUCUCCUUACACCUCUCUCCCCUCACCUCACACCUCUGUCCUCCCUCCCCUCUCGUCUGUCCUGUCCUCUCGUCUCUCCCCUCUCUGUCCUGUCUCUUCUCUCCUCCACUGAUAAACAACCAACCACAUCCUCCUCUUCUCCUUUUCCUGUGGAGGUACCUCCUCUAACAGACACUCAUCUUCCUCACCCAGUCUGUCCAUCAGAGGUACCUCCUCUAACAGACACUCAUCUUCCUCACCCAGUCUGUCCAUCAGAGGUACCUCCUCUAACAGACACUCAUCUUCCUCACCCAGUCUGUCCAUCAGAGGUACCUCCUCUAACAGACACUCAUCUUCCUCACCCAGUCUGUCCAUCAGAGGUACCUCCUCUAACAGACACUCGUCUUCCUCACCCAGUCUGUCCAUCAGAGGUACCUCCUCUAACAGACACUCAUCUUCCUCACCCAGUCUGUCCAUCAGAGGUACCUCCUCUAACAAACACUCAUCUUCCUCACCCAGUCUGUCCAUCAGAGGUACCUCCUCUAACACAAACACUCAUCUUCCUCACCCAGUCUGUCCAUCAGAGGUACCUCCUCUAACAGACACUCAUCUUCCUCACCCAGUCUGUCCAUCAGAGGUACCUCCUCUAACAAACACUCAUCUUCCUCACCCAGUCUGUCCAUCAGAGGUACCUCCUCUAACACAAACACUCAUCUUCCUCACCCAGUCUGUCCAUCAGAGGUACCUCCUCUAACAGACACUCAUCUUCCUCACCCAGUCUGUCCAUCAGAGGUACCUCCUCUAACAGACACUCGUCUUCCUCACCCAGUCUGUCCAUCAGAGGUACCUCCUCUAACAGACACUCAUCUUCCUCACCCAGUCUGUCCAUCAGAGGUACCUCCUCUAACAAACACUCAUCUUCCUCACCCAGUCUGUCCAUCAGAGGUACCUCCUCUAACAGACACUCAUCUUCCUCACCCAGUCUGUCCAUCAGAGGUACCUCCUCUAACAAACACUCAUCUUCCUCACCCAGUCUGUCCAUCAGAGGUACCUCCUCUAACAGACACACUCAUCUUCCUCACCCAGUCUGUCCAUCAGAGGUACCUCCUCUAACAGACACUCAUCUUCCUCACCCAGUCUGUCCAUCAGAGGUACCUCCUCUAACAAACACUCAUCUUCCUCACCCAGUCUGUCCAUCAGAGGUACCUCCUCUAACAGACACACUCAUCUUCCUCACCCAGUCUGUCCAUCAGAGGUACCUCUAACACAAACAAGUGCAUUCAAUUCAUACCCUCUUUCUGAUUUAUAUCCAUGUCGUACUGUUAGUAUUGACAGAUACAUGUCAUACUGUUAGUAUUGACAGAUACAUGUCGUACUGUUAGUAUUGACAGAUACAUGUCGUACUGUUAGUAUUGACAGA